AUGGCUGUGGCACGCAAAAUAAAAACUUUGCUGACCGUCAACAUUUUAGUUUUUGUGGGAAUCAUUUUGUUCUCAGUUUACUGCAGAAUCCAGGACCGGUCUGAAGAACUGAUCCAGAUAGGUCGUAUUUCUGACCAGAGACUGAGAGCCAGAAAUGGCAAAGUUUCCAACUUGGUGGACAGGCAGUCUAUCCUGCAGAGGCUGGAGCGGCUGGAGGACGUGGUCUACAAUCAGCUGAACGGCUUGGCUAAGCCCAUGGGACUGGUGGAGGGGCCAGGCGGCCUGGGCCAGGGAGGCGCUGCUGCCACUCUGGGGGAGGACAGUCGGGAUGCCGAGGGGAAGUAUGAGGAGUACGGCUACAAUGCUCAGCUCAGUGACCGCAUCUCCCUGGACAGGAGCAUCCCAGACUACAGGCCCAAAAAGUGUAAGCAGUUGACGUACCCAGAGGACCUCCCACAGAUCUCCGUGGUCUUCAUCUUUGUGAACGAGGCCCUGUCAGUCAUCCUGCGCUCCGUCCAUAGCGUGGUCAACCACACCCCAGCACACUUCCUCAAGGAGAUCAUCCUCGUGGAUGAUAACAGUGAUAGCGUGGAGCUGAAGUUUAACUUGGACCAGUAUGUAAACAAACGUUACCCAGGCCUGGUGAAGAUUGUGAGGAAUAGCAAGAGGGAAGGCCUUAUUCGGGCUAGGAUACAUGGCUGGAAUGCUGCCACAGCCCCUGUUGUGGGCUUUUUUGACGCCCAUGUUGAGUUCAACACAGGCUGGGCUGAACCUAUUCUGACCAGGAUGAAGGAGGAUCACACUCGCAUCAUUUUGCCUGCCAUUGACAACAUCAAGUACAACACGUUUGAGGUACAGCAGUAUGCCAACGCAGCUCAUGGCUACAACUGGGGACUGUGGUGCAUGUACAUCAUCCCUCCACAGGAGUGGCUUGACAAGGGCGAUGAGACAGCCCCUAUCAGAACACCUGCUAUGAUUGGCUGUUCCUUUGUUGUCGAUCGAGAAUACUUUGGAGAGAUCGGUCUACUGGACCCUGGCAUGGAGGUGUAUGGAGGCGAGAACAUCGAACUUGGCAUGCGGGUCUGGCAGUGUGGUGGGAGCAUGGAGGUGUUGCCAUGUGCCAGAGUGGCCCACAUCGAACGCACCAAGAAGCCCUACAACAAUGACAUUGAUUACUACGCUAAACGCAAUGCCUUGCGGGCCGCUGAGGUAUGGAUGGAUGAAUACAGAUCCCAUGUCUACAUGGCCUGGAAUAUUCCCAUGAAUAACCCAGGGGUUGACUUCGGGGAUGUCUCGGAGCGCGUGGCCCUGAGGAAGAGGCUGCAAUGUCGGAGCUUCCGCUGGUACCUUGAACACGUCUACCCCGAGAUGCGAAUCUACAACAACACCAUUACAUACGGCGAGGUGAGGAACAGCAAAGCCAGCGGCUACUGCCUAGACCAGGGCUCUGAGGAUGACGACAGAGCAAUCCUCUACCCUUGCCACGGCAUGUCCUCCCAGCUGGCCCGCUAUUCAACUGAGGGACUUCUCCAGCUGGGACCCCUGGGGUCCACAACCUUUCUGCCAGACACAAAGUGUCUUGUUGACGAUGCCAGAGGGCGCACCCCUAGUCUGAAAAAAUGUGAUGCUGUUUCACGGGUUUCUCAAAGGCUGUGGGACUUUACACAGAACGGUCCAAUAAUCAGCAGGGACACUGGCCGAUGCUUGGAGGUAGAGAUGUCCAAAGAUGCUAACUUUGGCCUUCGGCUUGUGGUCCAGAGGUGCUCCGGACAGAAGUGGAUGAUACGAAACUGGAUUAAGCACCCCAGGCAUUGA